AUGAAUGAUCGAAAAAUCAGCACACUGAUAAGAAUGCAUUCAAUUAUGUACGGAUUUCAUUUUAGACUCACCAUAAAAGCAAAAUGCCCUAUGGAACUCAAAAGCUUCCCAAUGGAUAGGCAGUCUUGUCCCUUGAUAAUGGGUAGUUAUGCCUACACGUCCAAAGAUCUUAUCUAUCAAUGGCAAAACGAAGCCAGUGUAAAUUUUGUACCAGGAAUGACACUCUCCCAAUUCGAUCUUAUGAGUUUUCCUUACAGGAACUUUACAUUUACCAGAAGAGAAGGCGAUUUUUCAGUUCUUCAAGUUUCUUUUAAUCUUCAAAGACAUACCGGUUAUUUCUUGAUCCAAGUUUAUGUUCCAUGUAUAUUGAUUGUGGUGCUUUCAUGGGUAUCAUUUUGGAUUCACCGAGAGGCCACAUCGGACAGAGUCGGGUUAGGAAUAACUACCGUUUUGACAUUAUCUACAAUUAGUUUGGAUUCACGUACCGACUUGCCUAAAGUACGAUACGCCACUGCUUUGGACUGGUUCUUGUUAAUGAGUUUCUUCUAUUGCAUCGCUACUCUUUUGGAAUUUGCUGGUGUACACUACUUUACAAAGAAUUCUUCUAUACAUUACGAAAGUAGAAAAACGUCGUUGACAUCCAGCCCUCAAUUGCCAGCACCGGUACGUUUGACAAUGGAAAGGACCACACAAACUGAAAAUAGACUUCCUAAAUGGAAACAGUUUCUGUAUUGCUUGAAGGGUGACGAAAAGUUUAGAAAACAGAGGCAAAGAGAGGCUGCAAAUUCAGGGAAUAAUGGAAACGGCCAUUCCAACGUCAGGCAUAUAAACAGCGUUUCUUUAAUUGACAGGGCUUCAAGAAUUCUAUUUCCAGCAUCUUUCGGCGUGUUUAAUUUAUUUUAUUGGAUGGUUUACUUUAUGGCACAAGAUGAUUUCAAAUGGGGUGACACCAAAUUAAAUUCAUUAAAUCAUUAAAAUAAAAAAUUAAUAGUAAAUAGGUUACAGCUUUUCAGUAUUACAAAUAGAUUGUUAAAAUAUAAAAUAAUGUUAGAAAUGCUUUUUAUUUACUGUGUAAUUGUAGAUUUACUUACCUUAAAAUGUAUGUUACAUUAAACUUAAAUCGCUUUGUAACUUAAAACUCCUUGUUUGUUAUUUGGGUAAAAUAAAAUAUUCGUUAGUAUGAUGAAAUAAAAAGUUUAUUAUAAACCUGCCGAAAUGUACAGAAAGCCUUUUGUACAAGAAUAAUAACUAAGAACAUUCUGUAUUGGAAUUAAUUUAAUUUUUAAAUGAUUUAAAAAAUAAUAUUUACAAAUAUGAGGUAAAAAAAACUAUAAAUGAAUGUUGCCAUGAAUGUAUAAUGUAUAAUACAUAUAUUUACAGAUCAUUUACAGAAAUUUAUUUUUUUACACAGCAAUUUCUUUAAAAUCGUUUUAUAAUAUAAAAUUUAACAGCAACGUUAACAAGAAAUCUAAUUGCUAAUUUCUUGAACUUCAUACUUAAUAAGGUACUUUAAACAUUCUAAUUUAAUAAAUAAAAAAAUGUUUAAUUAUGUAUUCACAUUAUUGAAUUGCAUUUUCUAGAAAAUGUUUAAAAUAUCUUAUAGUUUAGUAGUAAAACCGUUAGUCUUAAUACUAAUAAACACCGGACACUUAAAAAUAUACAUCAAAAAUUAAUAAAUAGGUUUAUUGGCAGUAUUUUUAUUUGGUGUUUAAAGAACUUAUAGAUAUGCAUAAAAAAUACGAGAACGUUAUCGUUAUAUCACAUUUAAAAAGGGCGAACAUAGAUCUGGUUAAUAUUACCGAAGAUUUAAAAACAUUAAUAAUUAAAAAAAAUAUCGUAUAUUCUUAAAAAAAAAAACAAAUAAAAAAUCAAUAAUUGUUUUAUAACCUCACAUACAAAUUUCAUAAAAUAAUAUGUAAAAUUUGUCUAAAACUCCCUACAAUUAAAAGCAUAUUUAAUUUACAAUUUGUAUUCUCUAAGCACAAUUUUAAGUUAUUUAGUGUAAAAUGUUUUUGAGGUAUUUAAAUAAAUUCAAUCAAUACAAAAAUAAUACAUUGUUGCCACAGUAAAAACUUAUUGUAAAAAUAAAUAAUUGGAAAAUUAAUUUAUGUAUAUUACAAGAUUUCCUUAUAAAUAAAUAAAAUCUAAACUAAAAUGUUCACAUAUACCUUUACAAUUAAGAAAAAGGCAUUUGCUUGAACAAUAUUGCCCAGAUGAAAACAAUAAACUGCUUUUAAUUAUAUAAAAAUGAUUUUAUUAUAUUUAAAUUUCAUUUAACGUGAUGCAUUUUCACAAAAAAUAUGACAUAUUUAAAAAAUGUUUUUAAAUAAAUUGAUUAAAAUGAAAUAAUAUUCAUAUGGAUUUUUUGAUAUAUUGGCUCGGAGUAAUCAAUAUAUCGAAACAACCUUCCGACGAAAGGUAAAGACGAAAGGAAAACAAAAAGAUACCAUACCUUGUAGGUUAAUUUUUUAUUAUUUCGACCACAAUACCAUCUGCACAAUGCUGCCCAAGCCGGUGAAAGGUCGCGGGGGGCGCAGCCGCCACGAUCAAAUGUGACAGUUCGCGGUUGCGCUACCGCCUCCAGCACCUGCCGGGUUUCCGAUGUCACUGCUGCUGGACGGUAUGUCAAUCGUGUGGCUUUCCUUGCCGAAAAUCAGGCGCAAACGUUUCAUUGGUACGUGCGGCACUUCAGAGGCGGCUUGCGGGUCGGUACCGCUAAUGGCGGCGGCCGCCCUCAGCCGUCGCUCGCGCUUGCGGUCUUUCGAUUUGUGACGCUUUUUGCGGUGUGAGUACGGUGUGUAGGAUAGGUCG